AUGAAGGUUGAGGAACUUAUUAUCGAUGGUUUCAAGUCUUAUGCUACAAGAACUGUGAUCACGGAUUGGGACCCCCAGUUUAACGCCAUCACGGGGUUGAACGGUUCUGGUAAGUCUAACAUUUUAGAUGCGAUAUGCUUUGUAUUGGGUAUAUCAUCAAUGUCAACGGUUCGUGCCCAAAAUUUGCAGGAUUUAAUCUAUAAAAGAGGUCAAGCUGGUGUUACAAAGGCUAGUGUGACUAUUGUUUUCGAUAAUAGUGAUCCCAACAAUUCGCCAAUCGGUUUUGAAUCACACUCUAAGAUAUCUAUAACAAGGCAGAUUGUUCUAGGUGGCGUGAGUAAAUAUCUGAUCAAUGGUCACAGGGCACAGCAACAAACGGUUCUUCAGUUGUUCCAGUCUGUUCAAUUAAACAUCAAUAAUCCGAACUUUCUAAUUAUGCAAGGUAAAAUUACAAAGGUGUUAAAUAUGAAACCUCAAGAGAUCCUUUCGCUUAUAGAAGAAGCAGCAGGGACUAGGAUGUUUGAAGACCGUAAAGAAAAGGCAGAACGGACUAUGGCUAAGAAAGAAACAAAAUUACAAGAAAUUCGGGCAUUGCUAUCUGAAGAAAUCGAGCCUAAACUCGAGAAGUUUAGAAACGAGAAAAGGACGUAUCUAGAAUUUCAGGAAACUCAAUCUGAUCUUGAAAAUGUUAUGAAGGUUGUUAAUGCAUUUGAAUAUAACUACUUGGUUAACAAAAAGGCACAUAUAGAAGAAACGUUGGUUACAAGAGAGGCCAAAACACAAGAGCUAGAGGAAACUAUUGCCAGAUUGAAAAAUGAGGUAGAAAGUUUGAAUAACGACUUACAAGCUCUCAAAGAACAGAGGCAAAGAGAGGUACAUAAGGGGGGUAAACUAGCAGAAUUGGAAGCUCAAGAAUCUCAAAUAUCGGAUGAGCUUUCGAGAGUUGAAACAAACCUAAACAUUGCAAAAGAAGAUAUGAACGAAGAAAUUGGAAAUAUCUCAAAGUUGAAAGAUAAUUUGGCAAAAUGGAAACAGCAGCAUGAUUCGAAAAAAGCGCUUUAUGACUCUACGUUUGAAAAAUACACCAGUCAAAAUCAAAACUUAGAGAAAUUGAAGACACUUCUUAAAGAAAAACAAGAGCUACACUCUACUUUGACAACAGGUAUUUCAUCAUCAGGUACCACUGCAAAUGGUUACAAUUCUCAAUUAACCGCAAUUAAGGUCAAAAUUCAAAAUGCUCAGGUAGAGAUCAAGGAGAAAGAAAUGGAAAUGGAAAUGCUGACGGAAGAACUAAAUUCGAAUACCCCCAAACUUUCGGCAGCCAGAGCUGAAAAGGAAAGAUACGAUAAUGAAAUUCAGAAUUUGAAACAGCAUUCUGAGGAGCUAGAAAAACGUCUUAAUGAAUUUGGUUACAACCCCGCUGAACUGAAACGUUUAAAAGACAAGGAGCGUUCUUUGAAACAAGAAUAUUAUCGUUUGGGUCAAGAGGUGGAGUCUUUGCAUAGAAAGGUAUCAAGUUUAGAUUUUAAUUACGUUCCUCCAUCGAAGAAUUUCGAUGUAUCCUCCGUGAAAGGUGUUGUUGGGCAACUUUUCAGUCUUGAUGAGAGUAAUAUAGAUAGUUCUACAGCAUUACAGGUUUGCGCUGGUGGUAGACUUUUCAACAUUGUGGUCGAUAACGAAAGAACAGCAUCUCAACUAUUAGAACAUGGAAGAUUACGCAAACGUGUAACGAUUAUUCCACUAAACAAAAUAGCAUCAAGACGAAUUAACGAGUCAGUUAUUCAUUUAGCCAAACAACUGGCUCCUGGGAAGGUAGAAUUGGCCUUGAAUCUCAUAGGUUAUGAAGAUGAUGUUGCGAAGGCAAUGGAGUUUAUUUUUGGAACAAGUUUCAUCUGUAAAGAUUCUCAAACUGCGAAACUAAUCACUUUUAACCGUGACAUCAGAUCCAGAAGUAUAACUUUAGAAGGAGAUGUCUAUGAUCCUGAAGGUACAUUGUCUGGGGGUAGUAGAAGAUCAAAUAAUACCCUUCUUUUGGACAUUCAAAGAUAUAACAAUGCUGCAUCGAAAUACAAACAGGUUGAAGAAGAACUUAAUGAGGUGAGCAUGCAAAUUAAAGCAGAAGAAACCAAGGCAGAAAGCUCGAAAAGUAUAUUAUCUGAACUGAAUAUAACCAACCACAAGCUCAAACUCGCUGAAAAGAACGCACAGGCCAGUAAUGCCAUGCAGUUAUUCAAUCGUAAUAAUGAAAUCCAAACACAGUUAGAAAGCCUUAAGAUGCACACUAUUCAAUUGAGCUCCUUGAUUGAUGGAUACAAUCAUGAAAUAAAUACUAUUGAGAAUGAUAUGCAAGAAUUUAACAAGGAUAAGGGAGCAAAACUUAAACAGUUAGAGGCAACUCUUUCAAAUAUGUCGAAUGAUGUAAAUCGUUUAGAUGCGGAAACCUCUAAAUUAUUUGAUGAUUAUCAAAAUCUAAGCGUGGAAACAGAUCAACUAUCCAACGAUAUAUCUAAUGCCGAAAACCAAAUUGCAACUGCACAAGAAAAAAUAACAGAGUUACAAGAGACAUGUAACAAGUACUCUGAUAUCGCCUCAACGAAAAAGUUGGAACUUAAUGAACUUCAACAAAAUUUGGAGGAAGAGAGAUCUCGGCUUUCUACUAUGGAAGAGGAAUUAGCAGAACUUGAAACGUUGCUGAAGAAUAAAAACAGACUACUAUCAAAAAGUGAAGUAGAACUUCAGAAGUUAUCUACUGAUUUGACAAAGCAUAAAAAUGAUACCCAGAAUAUUGAUCAUGCUAUUGAAAAAAAACUAGGUGAAAACCCUUGGUUGACUGAUACGGCCAUGGUAAAUGAUAUAUUGGCUCAGAACAAAAAUAUUAACAUAGAUCAGUAUAAGAAGCGUGGUCAUGAUUUAGCCGAAAGUUUCCAAAAUUUAAGAAGAAAAGUUAAUCCAGAGGUAAUGAGUAUGAUUGAAAGUGUUGAGAAGAAGGAAGCUGCUUUGAAAACGAUGAUCAAGACUAUUGAGAAAGACAAACAAAAAAUUCAAGAAACUAUAAGGAAACUUGAUGAAUACAAAAGAGAUACACUUAUCAAGACAUGGCAAAAGGUUAACAUUGAUUUCGGAAAUAUUUUCAGCGAUCUCUUAUCAAACUCUUUCGCAAAAUUGGAGCCUUCUGAAGGUAAGGAUGUAACAGAAGGAUUGGAAGUUAAGGUUAAACUUGGAAAGAUCUGGAAAGAGAGUUUGGUUGAAUUAUCUGGUGGUCAGCGUUCUUUGAUUGCAUUAUCAUUGAUUCUUGCCCUAUUGCAAUUCAAACCAGCACCAAUGUAUAUCUUAGAUGAAGUGGAUGCUGCUUUAGAUUUAAGUCAUACACAAAACAUAGGGCACUUGAUUAAAACUCGUUUUAAAGGCUCGCAGUUUAUCGUUGUUUCUCUAAAAGAAGGUAUGUUCACAAAUGCCAAUAGGGUAUUCAGAACAAGAUUCCAAGAUGGUACUUCAGUAGUUAGCAUUAUGUAA